AUGGUUGUAGGCUCCGUCCUCGUCACUGGUGGCACAGGCUACAUUGGCUCAUUCACGGCUCUGGCGCUUCUGGAGGCUGAUUAUAAGGUUGUCAUUGUCGACAACCUGUACAAUUCCUCAAAGGAAGUCGUGAACCGCAUUGAGCUCAUCAGCGGCAAGAGACCCGAGUUCUACGAGGUUGAUAUCAACGAUGAGGCUGCUCUAGACAAGGUGUUCAGCGAGCACCCCGACAUCGACAACGUAAUCCACUUUGCUGCCCUGAAGGCAGUAGGCGAGUCAGGAGAAAUCCCCCUGGAAUACUACCGCGUCAACGUAGGAGGCAGCAUCUCCCUUCUGCGCUCCAUGACCAAGCACAACGUCACGAACAUCGUCUUCUCCUCUUCAGCGACCGUCUAUGGCGAUGCCACUCGCUUCCCUAACAUGAUUCCCAUCCCUGAGCACUGCCCCAUUGGCCCCACUAACACCUACGGCCGUACCAAGUCCACGGUCGAGGGCAUGAUCACCGACCACAUUGAGGCCCAGCGCAACAAUGCGAAGAAGGCCGGUAAGACUGACGGCGGCAAGUGGAACGCCGCGUUGCUGCGUUACUUCAACCCUUCAGGUUCUCACCCGAGCGGUAUCAUGGGUGAGAACCCCAAGGGCGUCCCGUACAACCUGCUUCCUUUGCUUGCGCAGGUAGCUAUCGGCAAGCGGGAAAAGCUUCUCGUUUUCGGCGACGACUACAAAUCCAAAGACGGCACCGCCAUCCGUGACUAUAUCCACGUUCUGGACCUCGCCAAGGGCCACGAAACCGCCCUCAGGUACCUGCGCGAGAACCAGCCGGGCGUCAAAGCCUGGAACCUCGGGUCCGGUCGUGGCUCCACUGUCUUUGAGAUGAUCAAGGCCUUCAGCCACGUCGUGGGCCGCGACCUCCCCUAUGAGGUUGCCCCGCGCCGCCACGGCGAUGUCUUGGAUCUGACAGCCAAUCCAGAGCUGGCCAACAAGGAGUUGAAGUGGAAGACGCAGUUGACGCUCGAGGAUGCGUGCGCAGAUCUGUGGAAGUGGACGGAGAAUAACCCCGAAGGGUACGAUCAGCAGCCACCGAAAGAGUUUGUGGAGGCUUUGAAGAAGAAGGCGUAG